AUGCAUGCAAAUCGAAGUGCAUUGGAAAAACUAAAAGCACUUAAAAGUGCUAAAAAUCAGGUAAAAGAGGAAAUAGAAAAGCAAGAAACUAUCAUCAUCGAUCUAGAAGAAAAUAUAGAUGAAGCAUCGUUUGCAGUUCAACAUUUUUUCCGUGAAAUUGGUCAAAUAUAUGAAGCUAUUUUAGAACUUAAAGAAGACACAGACAAAUUGAGAUUGCCAAAUGUACACCAAAUGUCAAGUAUUAUCAGUCGUCUUGUUGCUGAUGGACACCAAUUAGAGCUAAUUGAUGGUGAAAGCUUUUAUAUGCCUUACAAGUGGAUAAAAACAAUCCUGCAAAAGGUUGACAUAUGUAUUGAGUCCAGUAAAGUUAUGACACUAGGCGUUUUAGGUCUGCAAAGUUCUGGAAAGUCAGCUCUUUUGAACACGAUGUUCGGAUCUCAGUUUUCAUCUAGAACCGGUAGGUGCACUAGAGGAAUACAUGUUCAGCUCAUUCCUACAAAAACUGAACAAAUUUGCAAAUUUUCUUCCGUGUUUAGCUAUGUACUUAUUGUGGACACAGAAGGCCUGAGGUCACCUGAGUUAAGUCAUAUGCAGCAUGAACAUAACAAUGAAUUGGCUACUGUAAUAACCGGUGUAGCUGAUAUCACAAUGUUAAACAUAAUGGGAGAAAAUACGAGCGAAAUACGGGAUAUUCUGCAAGUGAUUGUUCAUGCCUUUCUGAGAUUGAAAAUGACAAAUGAAAAAUUAGAUAUCAGGAAAAGUUGCGCAUUUAUACAUCAAAAUGUCACUGACACGUCCGCAUCAGAAAAUAUGGUAAGUGGAUUAAGCAAAUUAAUACAGACUUUGGAUGAAAUGACAAAAGAAUCGGCGAGAAGUGAAGGAAAACUUGAUAUUACUACUUUUAACCAGGUUAUUGAAUUUGAUAUUAAUAAUCAAGUCUGGUAUCUGAAGAAUUUAUUGCAAGGAAAUCCACCUAUGGCGAGAGUAAAUAAUGAAUACAGCGAAACAGUUGUGGAUAUAAAAUGCAAAAUGUUGAAGAAGGCUUUGACAAUGAAGAACAAAUCUUACAAAUCAUUGAACGAUAUAAUUGAACAAGCACAUAGUUUAUGGAAGGGUGUUCUCAAUGAAGAUUAUGUUUUCUCUUUCAGAAAUAGCCUUGAAAUUAAGGCUUAUAUGGAAAUGGAGUCGUUUGUUCAGGCUGAACUUUGGCGGCUUGAAAGCCUUACUCAACAUGUAGAAAAAUGUCAAAUGAAAAGAUCAUUAGAAAUCCCAACAUUAACUUGUCAAAGAAAGCAUGAAGAGGAACUCAGAAAAAGAUCAAUGGAAGUUGCAAACCAGUACAAAGGUCACGCAAUAACUAGCAAGAAAAUAGAUGACCUGUUCAGUGAUAUUUGGGAAACAUUUCUCAAAAGAGUUGAUACUUCUCCAACAAGUACAGAGAAACACAGAAAACAAAUGCGGAUCAUAUUUCGAACAUGCCUUGACAAUAUAUUUAAGAAGAAUCAUGCUUUGCUUAAGGAAGCUUUGCAAGAAUCUGGCGAUUUAACGCCAUUGUCAAAUGUGAAACAGUUAGCUAACUCGUUUGGUGAAACAAGGAUAAAUAAUACAGAUAUAAGCUUAACAUUAAUACAAAAGGCAAAAUCAGCAGUUGGAUGGUUCGAUACAAUGAAAGAUGUCGAAAACAGGGUUAACGAAAUUUUUGCAUCAGUUGAUGGAAAAAUUAAAGAGCUUUGCGAAGUUAACUAUGAAGUAACAGUAAUGUCUGUUAAUAAAUUAAUGCAUGAGCUUGACUCUAGUAUACAUGCAAUCUUAGAAAGAGAAAGUAAAUAUUAUUUAAAAUUGACAUUUUAUGUGAAAAUCUAUGUACAUGUUAGUAGGCAUGUCCAUCCAGUUUUCGAAAGUCAUAAUGAAAAGUAUUUCAAAACGCAUGCCACUGCAAUUCUUCAUGAAAAAUAUAGAGAACAACAAAAAAUUAGUUUUGAAUCUCAUUUGCGAUGCCGCCAAUUUGAAGAUAUUGUCGCAACUCUUUUUGCUAAUGUCAUAGAAAGUUUUGCAAAAGAAUGGACAUCUCAAAGUAUGCCAAACAAGGUAACGGAUGAAUUACUGUCUCUUCUUCCGAAGGUCAAAGAUAGAGUCAUAAUAGAAAUAUGCAUAGAUCUUUUGAAGGGAGGAAAUUUUAAAAAUUGUGUCAAAUAUAUUGAUGAUCCACAUAUAUAUGCUAGUACAUGGAUAACUGAAAAGGCAAAUCAGUAUCUUGAUGAUCCAAAGUUUCCUAUUAUUGCUAGUACUGCAUCCUCAUUGCUUAAAAAAUUCUUCGGCACUGUCAAUAAAUGUGUACGACAGGUCAAAAUGAAAUAUGAUGGGAAAUCUCCGCCCUCUAUUGAAACAUGGUUAGAAUCUUUUCAAAGCUUUAUGAAAUCGGCUGAUUGUUCUAUUCCAUCUGAAAGUUUCCGGAAUGUAAGACAAGAAACUUCAUAUAGUAUUCAAAAUGUAGAAUAUUUGACAACUACAAUUUUAGAUCAUUUGAGCAAAUCUGAAGAGAAUCUUGCUGCUAAAUUCAAAUCACAGACGAGCCAAACAAUUACAUGGGCAUCUUUUAAUCCAAUAUCUCGCAUAUUAAAAAAAAUUUGGGGAUGUCAAGAACAAUGCCCAUUUUGUGGAGAACCAUGUGCCAAGGGUCAGGACCAUGGGGACUCUAAUCAUUAUAGUAUACAACAUCGCCCUUUAUGUUGCAGGGGUAUUCGUAACUAUGACACGCACAAUGCAUGUUUAUCAUCAUGCGAGUUUGAUAUUCAGUCAAAUUUAUCAUAUACGUGCGGAGUUUUCAAUUACAUUUGUCAUGCCGAAAAAAGAAAAGAUUGUGGUAAAUCACAUUUUUUUAGGGACUACAAAACAUACCUUCCAAAUUGGGACAUAGCACCAACAUCUAAUAUGCAUGACUCAUCUAAAUAUUGGAUGUGGUUUGUAGCGACAUACAAAGAUGAACUUAAAAAUCAUUAUAAUUAUAAAAUUGAUCAUAUUCCUUCUUCAUGGAAAAAUAUCACCAAAUCAGAGGCAGAACAGAGUCUGGAAAAAAUAUACUCUGCUUAA